AUGCUCCACUCUACCGGACAGAAACCUUUUGCUCACAACAAGGCGUACGGCCCCGAGGAGUAUUACCACAGGCUGCAGGUCUUCGCCGACAACAAGCGGCAGAUCGAUGAGCACAACGCGGCCAAUCACACGUUUCAAAUGAGCCUGAACCAAUUUUCAGACAUGACGUUUGCAGAGUUUAAGAAGAAGUACCUGUGGAGCCAACCGCAGAACUGCUCGGCCACCAAGGGCAACUUCCUGCGCAGCUCCGGCCCCAGCCCCGACUCCAUCGACUGGAGGAAGAAGGGCAACUUCGUGACUCCGGUGAAGAACCAGUACGACGAGGCCGGCAUGGUCGAGGCGGUGGGGAAGCACAACCCGGUGAGCUUCGCCUUCGAGGUGACGAGCGACUUCAUGCACUACAGGAAGGGCGUCUACUCAAACCCCAGGUGUGAGCACACUCCCGACAAGGUGAACCACGCUGUGCUGGCCGUGGGCUACGGGGAAGAGCGCGGGACGCCGCACUGGAUCGUUAAGAACUCGUGGGGCCCGUUCUGGGGCAUGGACGGGUAUUUCCUGAUCGAACGAGGCAAGAAUAUGUGCGGUCUCGCCGCUUGUGCAUCCUAUCCCAUCCCUCAGGUAGGAUUCACGUUCAAGAAAAGAGCCUUGCCAGGCAGCGCCCCGUCUGCAGAGUGCCUGGGCACGCCGAGCAGCUCCGCGCUCAAGGAUAAGGACGUCAAUGCUUCGCUAAGCAAGCCCUUCCCCUGCCCCGCUGCCUCCAAGGACAAGAACAUAAAAAUCCAGGAGUUCUUUCCGAGGGCGCCCAGCGGGCAGGAGCUGAAGCCGCCCUGCGCCAGCCAGGUAGUCCCAGCGUCCCUGGAAGGGCUCCAGCACGGCUCCGGAGACGUCCCCGCGCACGGAGCGAGGACGGGCCGCGCGCACGAGGCUGCCCCCGCUGCCCUCGUUACCGUGGAAGAUGAAUGGGAUGACAUAGAUGACUUUGAUUUGUCAGGGGUUGAUAAGAAAUAUUCCAGGCCAAUUUUAUCCCCCAAAGGUCAGUCAAGCAGCAAGACUGCCCAGAGAUCCCGUUCCCCUGUGAAGAAGGUGACGAGCAGCGCGGCGGCGCCGAGCGCGUGCGAGCGUGACGAAGCUUCCCUCGAUGAUGAGCAGGGCUUAUCGCAGGGCUCUCUGAUUUGUCUUGGGGAUGUGGUUCCCUGCAACAGUGGCAGGGCUGCAGGGAAGGAUCCUCAGGAGAAUUUACCCACAGAAGUGAUUUCACAUGAGGAAGCGGCUCCUGCAGCGGCGGGUGUUGGAAACAAGAAUGAUGAAACGCAGAGGCUGAGCGGCGGCGAGAGGAACGGCCAGGAAGAGCUGGACGCUGCUGACGACGAGCUGCUCGCCAGCCUGGAGCUCGAGGAGGAGGAGGAGGAUCUCUGCCCGUGCCGCCCCCCCCAGAGGAGCUGCCCUCCUUCCCCCCAGCCGCAAGAAACGGCAGGCUAA